AUGGCGGACAACGGUCCGUGGUUGGACCCUCAUCAGAAUAAGAAGAAAAACAGGCUCGUGAAGAAUGGGAUUCAGGGGAAAGGCAACAUCAUAAAAUUUUUUAUCUCGAACCUGCCUGAAGGGUGCACUCCAUGGGAAUUAUCUGAGUUUGUGAAGGUGUUCGGGGAGGUGGCAGGGGCGUAUGUCGCAAAAAAGAAAGACAAGUUUGGCAACAGAUUUGGUUUUAUCAGUUUCAGCAAUGUCAGGGACGUUAAGGAUUUGGAAAGAGCUCUGAACGGGACUAAGAUGGGGAAUUCGAAGCUUAAAGUGAACGUUGCUAGAUUCGCUGUGGAAAACGCUAAUCUUUUGGAGAAGCCUGUGGAGAUAAAGAAGGGCAAAAAACCAGAGUAUAUUGGUGUCCCUCAGGGUAAUCUUCAAAGUAGAAAUCAAGCAUUCAUAAAAGAAGGAGGUGGGAGACUCUUUAGUGACUUAUUCCAGAUGGGUAAUCAAUCAACGAAGGGCAGUUCAUCCAUGCAGCAUCAGGAAGGCACCGUGGUGGAAGUCGUUGAAAGCAUUGUUGCGUUCCCGGAGUUAGUGGGUACGGCAGCGGUGGGGAGAUGUGUAAAUCUCAGGAUCCUAAAUAACCUGUAUACUCUGUUGGUCAAAGCAGGUGUCAGGGAGUUUAGUUUGAGUUAUAUGGGUGGUCUUAGUAUGAUGAUUAAAUUCCCGUGUGUGGAAAGCUGUAACAACUUCGUCGGCAAUCGGUCGUUGUGGCAAGAAUGGUUUUCAUCUGUUGAUUGUUGGAGAGGGCAGUCCUUCCCGUUUGAAAGGAUAGCUUGGCUCAAGGUGGUAGGAGUGCCUAUUCACUUGGCGGUGGACGAAGUGUACGAUUCGGUAGCUCGUAAAUUUGGAAAAAUCGUCCAAGGGUCUGAAAGAAUGCCGGAGGACGUGGACUUGUUAUCUUAA